GGGUGCGCGGCACCGGAAGCGGCGGUGCUUUUCCGGUGCGGGCGGCGUGCUCGGUGCGGGCGCGGCUGCCUCCGCAGCCAUGAGCGUCCCGGCCUUCAUCGACAUCACGGAGGAGGAUCAGGCUGCAGAACUUCGAGCUUACCUGAAAUCCAAAGGAGCAGAAAUCUCCGAAGAAAACGCUGAAGGUGGACUUCAUGUGGACUUGGCACAGAUCAUUGAAGUUUGUGAUGUGUGCCUGAAAGAGGAUGACAAAGGUUUGCAUCUUUAAGUCUUGCUGGUUUUGCUAAACAUCAGUGCUUUCAAACAGUAACAGUUGGCAGAAUUUAGAGAUGUUGAGAGCGUGAUGAACAGUGUAGUCUCUUUGCUUCUUAUCCUGGAACCUGACAAACAAGAAGCACUGAUCGAAAACCUGUGUGAGAAGUUAGUAAAAUUUCGGGAGGGAGAGCGCCCAUCUCUUAGAUUGCAGCUGCUGAGCAAUCUCUUCCAUGGUAUGGAUAAGAACACUCCUGUGAGAUACACAGUGUACUGCAGCCUUCUUAAAGUGGCCUCGUCAUGUGGUGCCAUCCAGUACAUUCCAACUGAACUCGAUCAGGUCCGAAAAUGGAUUUCUGACUGGAAUCUUGGCACCGAGAAAAAGCAUACUCUCCUGAGACUGCUGUAUGAUGUCCUGGUAGACUGCAAAAAAAGUGACACUGCAGCAAAAGUAAUGGUGGAACUACUGGGAAGUUACACAGAGGACAAUGCUUCCCAGGCUAGAGUUGAUGCUCACAGAUGUAUUGUACGAGCAUUGAAGGAUCCAAAUACCUUUCUCUUUGAUCAUCUUCUUGCCUUAAAACCCGUCAAAUUUUUGGAAGGAGAACUUAUUCAUGAUCUUUUGACCAUUUUUGUAAGUGCUAAACUAGCAUCCUAUGUCAAGUUUUAUCAGAACAACAAAGACUUCAUUGACUCCCUUGGCUUGUUGCACGAACACAAUAUGGCAAAAAUGAGGCUCCUUACUUUCAUGGGAAUGGCUGUAGAGAAUAAAGAAAUAUCAUUUGACACAAUGCAACAGGAACUGCAGAUUGGAGCUGAUGAUGUAGAAGCAUUUGUUAUUGAUGCUGUAAAGACAAAGAUGGUAUACUGCAAAAUAGAUCAGACACAGAGGAAAGUAGUUGUCAGUCACAGCACACAUCGGACCUUUGGAAAGCAGCAGUGGCAGCAAUUGUACGACACUCUAAACACCUGGAAACAAAACUUGAAUCAAGUGAAAAACAGUCUCCUUAGUCUCUCAGACACCUAAAAACUUUUUCUUUUUUUUUUUUGACCUAGUAAUGUCACUAUAGAUGAAAUUUACUCAAAACUUUGAUAAUUUGUGAAUGUCUCCAGAAUGUCUGCAAUUGGUUUAAGGAAGCUAAGUAUUCUAAAUUGCAACAGGAAAAAAGGCAAUAAAACAAACAUGGGAAAAUAUCUUCUGUUGAUUUUCUUACAUAAAUCACAACAACUAACAGUAGCAACAUUGAUUAUGCUUCUCUUCUUCAUAUUGUAAACUUCAACAAGAAUGUCUUUCUUUGCAAGAGGUGUGGGGAGCGAGGAAGGGAGAUCAGAAAAAUGAUAGUGCAAGUAAUUGUAAAGAGAAAAUUUCCCUUAUAUCCUGUAGGAGGAAUAAUAAUGAACCAGUUAGAAGUUAAUCAUAUCCGAUGCUUUAGUGUUGAAAGAGACAUUAUUGAUACAGAAUCAACAACUACAACAGAUAUAUUUAAAUAAUUUGGCAGUAAAGGUAAGCAGAUUUUCCUGUUCUGCCACUUAGAACUGCUGCAAGUUGUUGUGUUUGUAGAAACCUUUGUAUUUUGAACAGUUGCAGCUGAUCUUGCUUGAAAACUGACUGAGCAGUUGACAGAGAAAACAAAUAAAAUAUUUCAGCCAAGCUUCUGAGGAGCAGGAGAAGGGAACGCUUAAGUAAUCAUUUAGUUUUACUUAAUGGAUAUUAAAAUAUUAACUUGUGAACUUCUUAACUUCGGGGCAAAACCCAUAACAACCUGGAUUUGAUUGCAGAAACAGAGAGCUAAUGUUAUUAGCAGGGAUUGCAUCCAUUUCUAAACAUGACAAGGUAUUAUUAAACCUGUAUUAAACAUGAAAACACAGUGCAUGCAUACCAUAUUCUAUAGGAAUACCUCCGCAAAUCUGGUUUAGGCAAGUGAUUUGUCUAUGCUUAAAAGACAUGCUUUUCAUCUCCUGCUACUGAUCCUCACUGGCCUUCUUCAUAUUUUCUUUUUCUUGCUGAAUGAAGUCGUUCUAAAUUCAAGAAUUUCUCAAUUUCUUCUAUUUGGUUUUGUAUGAUGGAGUUAUGACUAGAACAGCUGUCCUCGCCAAGUGCAUUUCUUGCUGGAGCUACAGUCGCCUGAGAAGACUUCUCUGGCUGUGAAGCAGUAAAUCCUCCUUUCACCUGACAGAAUACAAAUUUAGCAGUUAAUAGUGCAAUGAAAUUCAGGUACAAAGGUUCAAAUUGUUGGAUUUUGCUGAGCAUUAAGCAAGCAAGGAAAUGUAAACAGAAAGAUUAAGUCAAUUGAAAAAAAACUUGCUUCAACUUUAAUUUAGAAAGCUUGAUAAUGACAAAUAUACUUUUAUAAACCAAGCCUUAAAGUAAGACUUGGUACACAAGAGUAUGAUAAAAAAACCUGAACCUUGUACUGGAAUGCAGAUUAGCAAAGUAACUAGUUUAAAGAGUUUAAUGUUGCAAUUGACAUUUCUAUAGCUAUGCAAGCAUUUGAUUAACAAAACCCAAAAUUGUGAGGUUUAGAGUGUUAACUCCCUCUCUGCUUCACUGUAUACAUUAGAAAGCAAAGAUCAUUAAUUAAUGCAAGGUCUGCAAUAGUUAUGUAUUUUUGUUCUUUGAAUAGUUUUAAUUACUAUUUCAUAGAUUCUCCAUAUCUAUCCAAAUCAAAUACACAUGGCAACACAGAAGGGAAAUGGGUUGGUUUUGCUUGAAUGAUGAGUUCUCCACUUGUAAUCCAAUACUGUGGCUCUGGGGGAGGCCAGCACACAGCAACAGCACAAGCAAGCCAUGUGAGCCAGUGUUGCAGUGGUUCUUGGGGAUCUGUAACGUGAUAUUGAAUGCUCUGGUUGCAUGCUAGAGGAAUUCUAUUACAGAGAUCACAAGAUGAGGCCAUCUCCCAAUGCUCAAUUAUUUUUUAUUAUUGGGCAACUGUGCCCCAAGUGACUGUAUAAGCCACAUAUUCUUUAUCAGGCCUGCCUUUAUGCAUAUGAAUGUUGUGCUAAAACUUUCCUUCCCAGUGCACAAGCAUUCCUUGAAGUUUGAAAUAUGAAUAGUAAACUUCAUACAAAUUGUUCAUUAAGCCUAUUGCAUCUGUAAUAGCAUCACUGCCAUGCAGCUGAGAACACUGAUACUUCAGGUCAAUAACGACUAAUCUCUAUUUCAGUGAGGAAAUAACUUCGUUGGAGCAAUAACAUACUGAACCUGUUAAUUCUAGUGGCUGUACAUACACUUUUCCCAUGCUCUUUCCCAAGGCCUCAGAAAGAAACAGAUCAUACUUCAUUGCAAGCCGCUAGUCAAAAUCUCUGUGGAAUAGCACAUAGGGCUGCUGACCCCAGAGAAAAACUGUCAUUAGGUCUUCCACACAUGGAAGUGAAAUUUUCUAGUGAAACAAAGCCAUGCCAUGUUACUUGGAUUUUACUGAGGACAACAAGUGUUUAGACCUCUUUGGAGAAGUGACUGCAGUUAGGUAAUACAUAUAUCUAUAUCUAUGUAUGUACAAUUUUAAUACAGCUCUGUGACAAUGUGUUUAGAAUAAAGCUUUUUCUUUUUUUUAAAUAGCUGUCAAACUAAAAGUUCUCAGCAUUCUCACAAGAAAGUGCAAGUGAAAUGUGUAUCUUAGAGCAAAUAACAUGGCAGCCUGUGGGGCACAACGUGUAAAAACAUCCACUGCUGAAGAGUAUGACUGCAUAGUUAGAAACUUGUGCUUAAGCUGAGCUGAGGAUGCUUAUUCAUCCUUCCCUUGGUACUCAGGCAUGUUUAAAACGCUUCAUAUUUUUACUAGAACUUUUAAGUGCAGCUGUAGCAUUUCUUCUUAAUUUUUAUCACUUUUUAGAGUCCUGUACUUUAGUUGAAUGAGAUUACCCAAAUUUUAGAAGGCAUAAGUCUGCUCUAGCUCUAAUCAUUCACGUUAGAACAAACUGAGCCACAAAACAGACUGCCGAGCCUAUUUUUAAUCUCCCAACAGCUUUUUCAUAUCACUCAUAAACAUGCCAAAUUUGAGAACGGAAGGUAUUAGAAUGACACCACCACAGAAGGGAAGGAGUGGUCUGCAAUACCCCAGGCUGAGAUUUCAGAGAUUUAAGUAUUUGGAAAAUAAUCUAAGGUCAAACCAGCAAGGCUCUCUGUUCUUAUCCAUCUCAGCUUUUACUUAGCCAGCACAUAAGGAGCUUUAGUUUGGAGGUGACAAAGUAGAUAUAACCACAAUCAGAUAAUGAAAUACAGCGUUGUAUUAGCUGUAGAUUAGGUAUUUUAGUUCACUCAAUUCCCGGCUCCACCUCAAUGAGAAAAAGCAAGAGAGACACGGUAAAUACCACCACUGUGUUUGGUAAAAAAAAACAAAACCCUUGCUAUCAUUCCCAAGCAGAGUCACGUUAGGAAAGUUAAGUAAUUUAAAACAUCAGUCUUCUGAAUUUCAGAGAAUGUGAACACUAAUGGCAUUGAGAGCUGACUAAGCGUGCUGAAGUCAGCCAGUUUUGUCACUUGAAAACACUCUACACCCUGACCUCAAACGCAUUCAAAGACAACAGCCAUAACUACCUGAGAAAUACCUCUAGAACCUCUUGUAAAAAGGAAGGUCAACUGUAGUUGUAAAUUAUUGUAUCACUUGUGAAUAGUAUGUUUACCGUUAGGUUUAAUCCUAAUACAGCAGUUUCAGCUGUUCAAGCUCCACAGUCUAACAUAGGUCUAAAAAUGCGGUGUGAGCCAUUGCUAGCGCCCUCUGGAAUGAAAUCUUGCAGGGGAACAGCAACAGAAUAGGGUUCUUUUUAAUUCUCUGCUUUUACACAUGUUCGUAUAAUGUCAUUUGACUAAAUAAGAAGAUUAAAUAUGGCAUCAUGUAACUGCAGCAUAGAAUAAAUGGGUAGGCUCUAAUUCAUUGAUAAACUGAAUUUUUAGUCUUUCACAGAUUCUUUUAGAUAACAUGUUCUUAUCAGGUAUAAAGGAGAUAAUGUUUUUAUACUUAUACCUACCUUUUUUU